AUGCAUUUUGUUGACUAUAUUGUUGUUUUUACGAUUUUGGGAGUCAUAUCAUUUGCUGGUAUAUUUGAUUUUUUAAGUCUUAGUAGUAAUUAUGGAAGAAAUAAUAAAUUAGGAGUUUAUAAAGUUGCAUUAUCUGUUGCAUCUGGUUACCUUUCUUCAAUAUCAUUGUUAGGAUUCCCAUCUGAAAUAUACUUUCGUGGAUCAAUGAUAUAUUGGUAUGGAGUUAUGUAUUGUAUUGGAUUUCCUAUAGUAGCAUAUAUAUUUUUACCUAUUUUAUAUAAUGGAAGAUAUCAAAAUGUUUAUCAAUAUUUAGAAGGACGAUUUUCUUUUGUUAAUAGAAUUAUAGCAUCUAUGCUUUUUAUUAUCAUGACAUUACUUUAUGUUGCAGUUGCAUUAUAUGCUCCAGCAUUAUCUUUAUCAACAAUUCUUAAUAUACCACUUUAUCUUACUAUUCUUCUUACUUCAAGUUUAGCUUCAAUAUAUUUAAUAGUUGGUGGAUUAAGAGGAGGUGUCAUAACAUCAGCAUUACAAAUGAUUUUAAUCUUAGCAACGCUUUUUUUAAUUAUUAUAAUAUCAAUAUAUGAUCAUGGUUUUGAACAUAUUUAUUCAACUGCUUUAAAACAUCAAAGACUUUUUUUGACAGAUUUUAGAAUAGAUCCUAGAAUACGCCAUUCAGCUCCGGCAUUAAUUAUAGGUGGUUCUUUUAUGAUAAUUUCACUAUUUGCAACAAAUCAAAUGUCUGUUCAAAGAUAUCAAGCAAUGGAAAAUUUAAAAAAAGCACAAACUGUUGUUUUAUUAAAUAUUCCAAUAAAUUUUGCUAUAUUAUCAAUGUAUGUUUUUAUUGGAAUAAUUAUGUACUCAGUUUUUGAAAUAACUUGCCAUCCAAUAAAUAAAGCUCCUGAUCAAAUAUUACCAUAUUUUGUUUUGAUAGAAUUUUCUCAUAUUCCUGGAUUACUUGGUUGUUUUGUUGCUGCUGUUCAUAGUGCUGGAAUAAGUACAUUAACAGCAUCAUAUCAUGCCCUUUCAGAAAUAAUAAUAGAGGACAUUAUUUGUAUUAUUAUAAAAAAAUACACAAAAAUGAAAACAUUAACAGAAGAUGAAAGGUCAACAUUAUCAAAAUAUCUACCACUUUUUAUUGCUGUAAUUUCAGUUAUUUUAGCAUUAUUAAUAGAAAAUUUAAAUUCAGCAGUCCUUCAAAUAUCAUUAUCAGUCUUUGGAGCAUUUGGAGGAUUAAAUUUAGGAAUAUUUAUAGUAGCAAUGUUUUUUCCAUGGAUAAAAAAUAAAAUAUCAGCAACAAUAUCACAGCUAGUUAGUUUAUAUUUUAUUAUUGUAUUAAUAUGUUUAACAUUCUACUACAAAACACCUCUUCCAAUUUUACCAAUUGCCAAUAAAUGUGAUGCAUUGGAAUUAUUUUUACCUUUCAACUACCUUGAAAAAACUAAUAUACAAGAAGCAAACAAUUAUCUCCAUUAUUUGUCACAAAUUUCUUACCAAUAUUAUACACUUAUUGGUGUAAUAUCAACAAUUAUAAUCUCUCAUAUAGUUGAAGGAUUUAUUUUAUUUGAAGAAUAUAUUCAUAAAAAAUUUAUCAAACAUUCUCAAAUAUCUUUAAAUGCAGAGCAAAACAUUCCAAUGACAAAAAUUACCAAUUCAUAA